AUGGCUACUGCCCGAAUUCGCACCUCAGAUGAGCCGCCGAGCGCAGCUUGGAACUACCAAGGGGCCAAUUAUGUAGGCUUCUUCGAUGAACCUUGGGACGAGAAUUUUCAAGACCAAGAAUGCCAAGAAUGCACGAUCGCAGAUAGAACUCCGGCCGAUUCUCAGAUACUUAAGUUCGAACUCCUCCCUAUUUGGCCAAAAUGCGAUGAAGACGACCCCGACUGGCUUCCGGAUAGCCAACCCCAUAGUCACGACGAGCCCCUGGAGUACGACUCAGGUUUGGAAGCCGAAGACUCUGAUGAUGGGUCGUCAAGAAGCUCUUACGAUGAGUCUUGCCACAACGACAACGAUAGCGAUGAUCAGGGAGGCAGCUAUGACGGUACGCUGAAGCAAUACAAUCUCUCGGACCUGUUUGAUCCGCCGAGGCCUGAGAGGCUGCCCCACGGGGCCUGGCAUAGAGGGUUUGUCCAUUACACAGGCAACCGCAGACUUCCAGAAAAGCGAGUGCUUCUUCCUCGCGGCUCCAUAUCCAAGAUUCCGCCAGAGCAUAUCGCCUCGCCGGCAUGUCGGAGCUUACGAGGUAUCAAUGGACAUGUGCUAAGCCUAGCGCAAAUGAAGAAUUGCCGCAACGUCCGCGUUUUGGUACCAAAGCCGUCGAAUUGGAGGACAGACGUUAGCGAGCAGCUCCUCGAAGAAAGCAGUCUAUUCUAUCUGUCAGGAGAGUCAAAUGGCUCAAAUCUUGGCGUGGACGGGCAUUUCCAGCCCUGGCGGUCCUUCUAUCCCCCACGCCACGGGCUGCAUGAAUUGAGGACCAAUUGGGAGUUCAUCGACGAGGGCUGCGAUGAGUCUGACGUAUUGCUGCCACUGGCAGUCCACUCUUACUGUCUCGACAUGUAUGCAAAAUCAUCAUACCAUCGACUGGGCCGUGUUGAUUUGGAUGGGCUUUGGUAUUGGCGUGAGAUACAGAGUAGCCCAGACUCUUACGGAAUGGGGGAUCGAGUCCCGCUACGGCGGCCGGAAGUGGAACGAGCCCGUAAACGUUGGGACCAGCCGUGGCACCAUCUCGCCGGCGAUGAAUGGCUUGUCGCGAAUCCUGUUGAGAUCCCAGGCAUCUGCCGGGUUCUGGAGACUUGCAUGAACCGUACAAACAAAGGUCAAGCUCAGCUGCGGAACGCGAGGCUCCUCGCUCUCCCUACUGAGGUCAUUCAUCAUAUACUUUCGUUCCUUAACUUACCUGAUAUCGACACGAUGGCAAAGACGUGUCGGAGGCUCUACGACCAUGCGCAGCCAAUCUUCAAAGCAUGCGUGUUUAGGGACAUGUACUGGUUGUGGGAGAUUUGUGAAGGCAUUGAAUACCCGACAUCGCCUGACCGGCCAGCGACGUGGGAUCCGCUUUGCCCACCUGGCUUGCUGCCUCCUGCGCUUCCGUUGGGCCUUGAGAGCAAAGAAGCUGAAGACAGGCUCUGGACAGAAAUCAUCGCUGAGGAUCCAGAGAUGGAGGGGGCUGGGAAUGCCGCCAAAGCGCUCAAUCGCCUGCGCCGGGACGAGGUUUUCGGACCAUAUCGUGCAAGACAGGAAUCGUCGCUUCACGAGUGGCACACCUUUCGCGCCUCUGUAGCAGCGUGGAUCAGACAUACACAGGGCAGAGCUGGGCCUAGCAUAGACGGGGCUGACUGGAGGCAUAUAUGGUUGCUUUUCAACCCUGCAACAACUUCCUUACCCGGUGUGCGCAACCGCGCGCGGAUAUGGAAUCACUGCGAGCAGAUUAUGGAUUGUGUUGCCUUGGCGCACAAAUCAGGUGAGAUCGACAACAAGCAUGAUGAUUUGCACGCAAAGUUGUCGGACCCGUCGCAACCGGGACUGACGACGAAUAUCUACGACGAUGCUGAUUGGUUCUAA